AUGAGGCAGCAACGGCUCCGGAUGGAUCACUUCGACCGGAGCUCCCUGCUGCAAUUCCACCAGCAGGCGAUCACCCACGCGCUUGCACCGCAGCAGUCUCAAAAGCAGAUGCCGUGCCAGCUGGUCUUCCCGGACGACACGAUGGCCAUUGGCUCCCCGGCGCUGCCGAGGGGCGCGCUCUUCCCGGCGGAGGGCGAGAAUGUCCAGGAGUCCGAGGAAGAGAGGCAGCGGCGGCUUCUGCAAAACGAGCCCAUCGUGGUGUACACCUCCCUGUCGGAGCAGGAGGUGCUGCUGCCGGAGAUUGCCAAGCGCGGCCUGGCCUUGCUCUUCGUGGUGGCGGUGCAGAUGGUGUGCAUCAUUGUCAUCCUCACGGGUGGAGAGGCAAGCUGGCUCUUCGAGAGUGGGGAGACCCCCAGCAAAACGCAGGUGGCACUGUACAGCGCGCAGCUGCUGCUGCAGCCGAUCUUCCUGCUGGCUAUGUAUCUGUGGAGUCCAGAUGUCCUGAAGCUCUACACCGUGCUGACCCAGCUGCAGUUCGUGCUGCUCGCUGCGCUGGCGAUCCGCAGCCCGCUGGAUCUGGUCGCCUGCGGCUUGUGCCUCCCUUUGGUGGUGCUGGGCGACUCGCUGCGGCAUUUGAUGAUGCCCUGCGCCCAGCGGACGACCGGACCACGCCUCUUCCCCUUGGACGAGCAAAUCGACUCCUCCCUGCGGAAGGUCUAUGAUUCCAUCGAUGCGUAUGCCGCCAGGUCCUCCUUGAUGCGGGCGCCGCACUCCACGCCGGAGAACAGCGACAUCCAGAUCCUCCCCGAAGGCUUCCGCUGGCGCGGCUGA